UCGUAUCUCUCCGCACCUAGUCGGAGGGGCAAGGAGCUCCAUCCAUUUUAUCGUAGACCAUCAUCAAACCUGCAUAGCGACGACGUGGAGUGCACUCGCACACCCCACAAAUAUUAAAACACGCUAAGAUUUGGUAUCCAGCACUCAAACUGACGGGCAAUUAUGCUUUCUCAUGGACGCCGACAGCGAUGUUAAACCGCGCGGAUGACUGCAAAAAACACCGCAGCCUUUACAAGGCUAUCAUCUUAGACAUCACGCGUAGAAACUUCGAUGUCAUUUCCUUCGUCCAAUGGCAGCCGUUUGAGCGCCCCCCUUCCUAAGGUGCCUGUCAUCGCCCGGCGUCCAAUCCAAGACUGAACACCCGGCUGCUGAUUCUCCAGCUCGGUUCUCCGGCGACGAUGCGGAGCUGAGGCAGGUGUGUGCGUGUUUUGCGGAUGUUGCACGGACGUACGAUCCGUUUUUACAGGAAAGCAGGCCACACACGCGUGGCAUUGGUCACUGAUCUAGUGCUGCCGCUGUUGGACAGAGAAUCAUGCAGAUCCCAGCCGUGCUGCUGCUGGUCAUCUCCUCAGCGUGGUCCUGCACCGCUUCUCUGCUGUUUGCUGACAUACUGCAGAUCUACGGAGACGAUGCCACAGGUUAUGGGCCCGUGUUCGAGGAGGAGCCCCAGGACCUGGUCUACCCAGAGGAGUCGCCCGAGGCCAAAAUCACCAUCAACUGCCGAGCGCGAGCAGACCCACCCGCCACCUACAAGUGGAUUGUGAAUGAUUUGGAGAUCAGCCCUGUUGAUGAUGAGCACUUCAGCCUGAUGGGAGGGAACCUGGUGAUCAGCGGCCCCAUGAAGAACAGGCACGUCGGGAAAUACGUGUGCCUGGCACAGAACACGUACGGCACCAUCAUGAGCCGAGAGGCCACCGUCACGUUCGGCUAUCUGGACAUGUUUUCCACAGAGGAGAGACAGGCUGUGCACGUGAAAGAGGGCCAGGGGGCGGUCCUACUCUGUGCACCACCCCCUCAUAAGCCAGAGGACUUGUCGUUCCGCUGGAUGCUGGACGAGUUUCCCAUCUUCAUCCCGCUGGGGAAGCGUCGGUUUGUGUCGCAGCGCACCGGGAAUCUCUACAUCUCCAAGGUGGAGUUGUCGGACAGCGGGAACUACUCCUGCUUCGUCUCCAGCCCCUCCAUCGCCAAGAGCGUCUUCAGCAAGUUCAUCCCCCUGGUCCCUCAGGCCGAGCGCUCAGCGAGAAGGUAUCCGGCUGAUAUCCGAGUGAAGUUUCCGGAAACCAACGCCCUGGUGGGACAGAACAUCACACUGGAAUGCUUUGCGCUGGGAAAUCCCGUCCCGGAGAUCCACUGGCGAAAGGUGGACGAUGAGCUGCCGGCCAAUCACGAGAUCAGCAUGUCGGGGGCCAUGCUCCACAUCUACGGCGUGCAGAUGGAGGACGAGGGCACGUACGAGUGCGAGGCCCACAACUCCAAGGGCAAGGACCGGCACAAGGCCUGGCUGGGGGUGGAAGCUGCCCCAGAGUGGACGGUUCAUGUUGAGGACAUGAGGAAAGACAUCAACAGCCACUUCACCAUGUCCUGCCAGGCCUCCGGCAAGCCCCAACCAUCCGUGCACUGGCUGAAGAACGGGAUUAAGCACGGGAACGGGAAUCUGACCUUCAGCAAGCUCACGUUCCAGGACUCGGGAAUGUUCCAGUGCAUCGCUGAAAACAAACACGGAAUCAUCAACGCCAACGCAGAGCUGCGUGUGAUUGCGUGCGCCCCCACGUUUGAGCAGAACCCCGUGAAGAGGAGGCUGCUGGGAGCGAAGAACGGCCGCGUGGUCAUCGAGUGCAAGCCUGAGGGGGCGCCGCGCGCGGACAUCUCCUGGAGCAAGGGCACGGAGCUGCUGCUCAACUCCUCACGAAUCCACAUCUGGUACGACGGGAGCCUGGAGAUCCUGAAUGUCACCAAACAGGACGAAGGCCGGUACACCUGCUUCGCCGAAAACAUCCUGGGCAAGGCCAACAGCACCGGGGGCCUGGAGAUUACAGAGGCCACUAAGAUCACGCUCGCUCCGUCCAACGCCGACGUGACGGUGGGGGAGGACACCCGCAUGCAGUGCGCUGCGUCACAUGACCCCAGCCUGGAGAUCGACUUCAUCUGGUCCGUCAACGGGCGCGUCAUCGACUUCGACCAUGAGGCCGAGCACUACCAGCGCGUCAAGGCCGGGACCCGUGACUCCAGUGGAGAGCUGCGUAUCUCCAGGACCCAGCUGAAGCACUCGGGCCGCUACACCUGCAUCGCCCACACCGUCGUGGACAACAGCACCGCCUCCGCAGAGCUGGUGGUCAGAGGCCCCCCUGGCCCCCCCGGCGGGGUGAAGGUGGAGGAGAUCAAGGAGAAGUCGGUGCAGCUGGUCUGGAGCCGAGGCACAGACAACCACAGCCCCAUCUCCAAGUACACCACCCAGUACCGAGACUCUUCCUCUACGGACCCGGAGGAGUGGAAGAACGCCACCACCUUUCCGCUUAUUGUGGAAGGCAACGCAGAGACCGCGGCUGUGGUGGAUCUGAUCCCCUGGACAGAGUACGAGUUUCGGGUGAUGGCGACCAACACCCUCGGAACGGGAGACGCCAGCAGCCCCUCUGCCAAAAUCAGGACUCGGGAAGCAGUUCCCGUGGUUGCGCCCUCUGACGUGACGGGAGGAGGCGGAGCCAGCAAGGAGCUGACCAUCACCUGGACGCCCGUGCAGCCCCAGUACUACUACGGCCAAAACUUCGGCUACAUCGUGGCCUUCCGGCUGCACGACAACCAGGAGUGGAGGAAGGUGAUGGUGGCUGACGGCAAGGCGCGGCACUACGUGCACAAAGACCCGUCCAUCCCCUCCUACACCAAGUUCCACGUGAAGGUGAAGGCCUACAACAGCAUCGGGGAGGGGCCCUACAGCCGGACCGCCGUCAUCCACUCCGCCCGCGACGUUCCCACCGAGGCCCCCGCCAAGGUGGAGACCAAGACCAUCUCCGCCACCGAGGUCCAGGUGUCAUGGCAACCCGUCAAUCAAGCGGUAGUGGAGGGCUACCAGGUGACGUACUGGAGGAAGCAGUCGUCGGCUCACAGGAUCCAGCUCCCGGCCUCGCAGGAGCAGAUCGAGCUGAAGGACCUGCUGCCCAACUCCCACUACAUGAUCGAGGUCCGGGCCUACAACUCGGGCGGGUUCGGGCCGGCCAGCGACAUCUGCGAGGUGGACACCAAGAAGCCACCUCCGAGUCAGCCUCCGAAAAUCAUCAGUCAAAAGAUCAGCGUCAGCAAAUCCGUGGUUAACAUCACCUGGGAGCAUGUGGUCCCCCUGGCCAACGAGUCCACGAUACAGGGCUACAAGGUGCUCUACCGGCCGGCGGACCACAGCAAGGGGAAGCUGUACCUCACGCAGAAGCACUACAUCGACCUCCCGGUUCACAAGGGGGGGGACUACGUGGUGGAGGUCCGCGCGCGCACCGAGGGGGGGGACGGGGCCGUGGCUGCCGUGCGCAUUUCAGGUGGAGCCGUAAUGGCGUCUCAGCCCUUUGGCCUGGCUGCUCUCCUCCUGCUGUCGCUCUCUCUGCUCGGACUCUGAAUGUAACCGUCGCUGUUCCAGAACUCUGCGCACACGGCGCCAACGGGAAUCGGCUCUUUCCACAACUUUCCAAGGUUCCGCCCAGCCGCCAAACGCAGUAUUCCCAGGAAUACUGAUGUGGAAAAAGCGUUACAAAAAAAAAAAAAAAAAAAAAAAGAAUUGGAGAUUUGGGAACAAGACAAAAAAUAUCAAGGACAUCCUCCCCACUAUGUAGUACAUAAGAAUUCUCAAUGGAGGAGCAUCAAAGGGGUUGUUUUAACUUGUUCAGUAUGCCUUAUAUACGCUGAUAUUUUACAGUUGCACCAGUUAUUCUUAUGGGGUAAAAUAAUAAGUAAUAUCCACAUCCAGGGCUUUUGAGAUUCACCCUCCAAACUGUAAUGUAGUCCCGUCGAAGGCGCUGCGGCAGCCCUACACAGUGCCGUGUAAAAAAGAAUAAAAUAAAAUAUAAAACUCUAAUGGAGAAAAAAUAAUUCACUAUUUAAAGCAUUACGUAAAAUUAGCAAAUGUAUAGUUGCGAAGGAUAAGAGUAAAAAGAACUGGAUUUGUCUUGUGUGUCUCGGGGCCCCCCUUCCUCACGGACCAAAGGGCCCUUCUCUCAAAAGCAAGAACCUCAAACUCACAGGCCGGGGGGGGCGAGGGCGUCUGCUGAUUUUGGGUGUGUUUCUGCAAGUUGCUGAUUGGCUAAAGAGUCCAAACACCUCGUUUUCCAAGGCCACAAUUGGCCGCUGAUUGAAAGGAAACCACAAAAUGACCAUUGAACACUAUGGCCCUCCAGGACUGGAGGUAAACCUGCAGACACAGCGCCCCCUCCUGGACUGGAGUUUGAGAUCCCUGUCUUACAGAGAUGCAGUCAAAACAAACAUCCAUCGGACGAUCAUUCCAGCUCCCACACACAGUAACAAUGAGACGCAUUUAAUGGUGCAGCAUAUUGUCUGGUCCUCCAAUGUACACAAAACCUACUUCUGUUAACAUCAAGGUGAUAUAAUGUUGUUGAAUAUCCUAUUACAGAUAGUUUCCUGCAUUGCUAUGUGAAACAGCACAUCAACAUUGUUAUUAUACUCCAUUCUACUGGGACUAUUAACAAACGAAAUAGUGGAAAUAAAGUGUUGUAACUGCACACACACACAAAACAAUUAGUAUCUGUAUCUGUAUUAUGAAGCAUAUCUGUAUUAUGAAUCAGAGGAUAUUUGGGGUUAUAAAGUGAGUACAGAAAAAAGCAACAAUAAAGACCGUCAUGAGGAA